CUUCUUCAGUCUGACACCCGAGUACGAAGACCUCAAAUUGGUUUUGGAGCAUUUUAAAAGGAGUCCCUGAAUCAAGUGGAUUUCCAGCCCCUUAUGUCCACUCCUGGGGGCAGUCUUGCUGUGAGACAAUAAAGUGAGGUCAGGCUGGUGUGGUGUUCAAAGGCACAUUGUAAACUGCCAGAGCCUGGGGCCACUCUCUGCGAUCAGGAAAGUAAAGAGUUAUCCUGCUGGUUUCCGCCUCUCAACAGACUCGCUUCAGCUCCAGCUCCACCCGCCUCUGAUCCCACAGAAAGAGAUAGAUAUAGACAAACAGGGAGAGAUCGACACAGGCAGGGAGACAGAGAGAGAAAUAGACACAGAGAGAUAGGCAGACAGGCAGGCAGGGAGGGAGGGAGAGAUAGAUAGAUAGAUAGAUACACAGGCAGGGAGGGAGGGAGAGAGACAUAGAUAACAGGCAGGGAGGGAGAGAGAGAGAUAGAUAGAUACACAGUCAGGGAGGGAGGGAGACAGAGACAGAGAUACACAGACAGGGAGGAAGGGAGACAGAAGAUAGACAUAGACGGUCAUAGAGAGAGGGACAGACACACAGAACGACAGGAAGAGGGAAGGAGAGAGAGAAAGAUAGAUAUAGAGGACGAGAGACAGAAAUAAAGAGGGAGAAGUAGACAGAGGGAGUGAAGCAUACAGAAAUAGAAAUAUAGAGAGAGAUACAGGGAAUCUAGAUGUAGGAGAUCAGUGGGAAUGAGAUAGAAAUAGACAGGCGGAGGGAGAGAUAGAUAGAGAGAGGGUGGGAGACGGGAAUAGACAUAAGGAGAGAGAGAGAGAGAGAGACAAUGACAGUGAAAUACAGUGAGUGAGAGAGAGGGAGGGAGGGAGAGAGUCUGAUCGUUGAGAGAGGGAAUCAAAGCCUCAUGCGAAUCUUGAGCAGAUAAAGUGCCAUCAGCUCCUCCCCUCUCUGUCCCAUCCAUCUGUUUCCCUCUCCUCCCCUUUCUCUUUUCCCCCACCUCUCUCUUCCUGUCUCUUCUUCUUUCCCUAUCUCAUUCCCUUUCUCUCCUUCCUUGCCCCCUACCUCUCUCCCUCUCUCUCUCAUUCCAUUUCCCUUUCCUGUGGGAGCCAGUUGGGAAGCUGAGAGUGGCUGGAACCGUAUGGAGAAGACAUUGCCUUUCAUCUGCGGAAUUGUGGAAGGUUUCUAUGGCAGGCCGUGGUCCAUGGAGCAGAGAAUGGUGCUGUUCAAGUGGAUGCAGAGAUGGGGGCUAAAUGUCUAUAUGUACGGCCCGAAGGAUGACCUGAAGCAUAGACUGUUAUGGAGAGAGAUGUACUCCGCAGAAGAAUCAGUGCAGCUCAAGGCUUUGGUAUCGGGUGCCCAGGAGUGUGGAGUUGAGUUUGUGUAUGCAAUCUCCCCAGGACAGGACAUCACCUUCUCGAGUUCAUGUGACCUGACCUUACUGAAGCAGAAACUGAGGCAGGUCAAAGGGUUUGGGUGCAUGGCCUUCGCCAUCUUGUUUGAUGACAUCGACCACACCAUGUGCCCCUCGGACAAAGAAACCUUCAGCUCGUUCGCUCAUGCUCAGACGUCAGUGGCCAAUGAGAUCUACCGGUACUUGGGGGAGCCUCCUAUCUUCUUGUUCUGUCCAACUGAAUACUGCAGUUCCUUGUGCUACCCCAGCCUGAGUAAGUCCUACUACCUGAAAGUGAUAGGGAAUGAGCUCCAGCCUGGCAUCGGCAUCAUCUGGACAGGGUCCACUGUUAUCUCCAAGGAGAUCACUCCAGAGUCGGUGGAGGAGGUUCAAGUGGUCAUCAAGCGAAGACCGCUGAUAUGGGACAAUCUCCACGCCAACGACUACGCCCAGAGACGGGUCUUUCUCGGCCCCUACAAAGGCCGUGCCUCCAGCCUGGUCUCCAAGCUGCAUGGUUUGCUGCUCAAUCCCAACUGUGAGCUGGAGGCUAAUUACCUCCCCAUCCACACCCUGGCCACCUGGUACAGGUGUGGCCUCCGAACCACACAGUCCGAUGGUGGUGAGAAGGGCACUGAGUCACACCAAUCUUACUGCCCCAAUGAAGCCCUGAACUUGGCACUGGCUGACUGGGUAAAGGAAGUGAACAGACCUCUGCGCCCAAGUAGGCAGCUGCUUAAGGAUGAAAAGGAAGGACAGCGCAGGAGCAGACCUUCAGACGUGGUUAGUCAGAAUGGGGAUGUCGGACCGAGGACUGAGAAACCAAGUACAAGCACGAGUAACUUACUGCCCCAGGGCAGCCCAUUGAAUGAGCCAGAGCUGGAUGGGGCAAAAGAUUCGUUGAGUGAGGAGACUCUCAAGGCUCCGAAGAUGGACGUUGGCCAACUAGCAGUGAAAAACGAGAAGACCAGCCCUCUUGGACCAAGGGAUUCUGGGAAUGAUAGCACUUCGCCAAGUUCUGAGAAACUAAAUGAUGAGUCGACGGGAACUGGUGACAUUGACCGCCAGAAAUCUCACGGCGAGGGUCAUGAGGUGACCGAACAGGACAGGGCCAAGAGUGAGGGUUGCCGCUUUCCCCUGGAAAAGCCACCACUCCAGACGGACAAUUUGACCCUGGCCAAUCUGCGGCUGAUGGUGGACCUCUUUUAUCUGCCCUAUGAACAUGGUGAGGAGACAGCUGGCCUCCUCCGUGAGUUCCAUUGGCUCAAGACCAACAGUGACUUUGUGAGUGCAAAUGCCAAGAUGGAGCUGAAGAAGGGGGAGGAGUGGAGAGUUCGGGCGUCUGCUUUCCAGCUCGCGUGUGACAGGAUCGACCAGCUCUUUCAACAGUUCAUGAGCAGCUCCAACAGGGCAAUAGUCUACGACCUUUACCCUUACCUCUGGGACAUCAGGAACACACUCGUGGUUACCAAGGCCUUUGUGAUGUGGCUGGAUGGCAGAAUCGAGAGGGACACCUAUUCAUUCAACUCUUGGAUGAACUGCUUCCAAUGGUGCCGCACUGGCAGCGCUCCUGUUGUCCUGGGUGCAGAAGGUGAGACUUGGAUCUACAGAGGAGGCAUUGCGGGAGAGUUCCAGAUGAUGUUGCCAGUGACCAGCAGCAAUGACCUCUUUAACCAGCCUCCUCCACUCUUCCCCACUCUGAAGACUUACACCAUACAGCCUUUCCUCCAGGAGAAUAAGAAAGCUUUGUACGCCAUGUGCAGAGAGCUCCACAGUGCCAAGUUCCAGGAGAAGGAUCAAGCUAAUGUUUACCCUGAUCUUAUUGGAGACAGGUUCCUGGGCCAUUUCCUGGCUUUGUCUCCCGACUAUUGCUUUGUGCUGGAGGACGAGGACGGGGUCUGUGGCUGUGUGUCGGGAGCCCUGGAGGUCCGCUCGUUCCUGAAGGGGUGUGAGGCAGCUUGGUUUCCUGCCAUGCAGGAGAAAUACUCCAAACCUACGGCCCUCCAUAACCUCACUCCAACACAGGAGAUGAUCAUGUUCUUCCACAACAAAAAUCCCAGUUUCCCAGAUUCCUUACUCUAUCACUUCCCAUCACUUCUCCAGUUGAAUGCUCCUCCUCACAUGCUGGAUUCUAGUGAAGCCCGGAAUUUGGUGAUCUGUCUCAUGUCUGCGCUGAAAGCUAAUGGUUCCCAGGGUGUAUUCUGUGAACUGAAGGCGAGUGACAAGGAGCAGUUGGAACUUCAUGUCAGCCUGGGUUUCCUGGAAUUGCCUGGAGCUGAGGCUUCUGCACCAGGAGCUGUGAUCUUUGGGAGGUUCCUGUAGACCUCACCUGUUUACAGUGGCAUUAGUGGGGCUGACCAGAAUGCGGUCCCCUAGUUGAGUUUGCACAUUGAAUGGUCACAGUGAUGAGGUGGAGGCUGUGUGUAUUUCUCUGCAGGCUGUGCUCGGUUGGACUGUAACAUUUACUGAAGUAGCUUCCCCUCGCUGUGUCUGGAAGUUAACCCCGUGACUCACUGACAGCUGGUUGGAUUUAGAAACCUUCAUGGAUUAAGGGGGUCAGUGCCCUGAAUCCCAGGGCUAAUGUGCAAACAAUGUAAUGAUGUCUUGCCUUAGCAAGGAGCAGAAUCGGAUGUGAUCUAGACUGAUAGGACCACCCACCCCACACGUACACACACACGCACACACACGCAUACACAUGUACAAACACAAACACACACACAAACACAAACACAAACACACACAUGCGUGCAUACACACACUCACACAAGCACACACACAUGCUCACCCAGACACAAGUGCGCGCACACAUACACAAACACACACAUGCACUCACACAGACACACACUCACACAGACACACACUCACACAGGUGCACAUGUGCAUAAACACACACAUGCGUGCACACACACACUCACACAAGCACACACAUGCUCACACAGACACACACACACACACACACACACACACACACACACACACACACACACACACACACACACACACACACACACACACACACACAGAGACACCCACACACACGCACAGCCCCCCAUCCACUUUUGGAAAUAUAUGAACUCCUGAGUGCUGAUCUGAGGAGAACUAAGCCCCAGUGUUUGUCUUGUGCAUCCCUACCCCAGUUACUGGAUUCAGCCUUGGAUUGCACUACACUGUGCCUGGUUUGCAGUUGGAGACAUCAGAGACACUUGCUGGCUGCAAGCGGACAGUUAGUAUCUACAUGAAAGGGGAAGACGAGGAGACCAUUCAGCCCCUUGAGCCGGUUCUUCCCUCCUAACAGAUUAUGGCUAAUCUGUGUCUUAACUCUCAUCUAUUCCCCAUUACACCCUUACCUUAUUCCACCGGUGUAAAGGUUGAAAUUUUCCAUUGACGUUGUUUUCAGUUGCAGGGACCUGGCUUUGGCUGGCUGGGUCUUGUCCAUAUUGCCCACCCCUGGCUGCCCUGGCAGUGGUAAUGGUGUGCUUCCUUCUUGAGGUGCUACAGUCUUGGUGAUGUAGGGUGCACCCACAGUGCGGAAGGAGCCCUCCGUGGACAGAGAGAGAGAGAGAUAGAGAGAGAAUAAUGACAGGGAGAGAGAGAGAGAGAUAGAGAGAGAGUAAUGACAGGGAGAGAGAGAGAGAGAGAGAGAAUAAUGACAGGGAGAGAGAGAGAGAGAUAGAGAGAGAGUAAUGACAGGGAGAGAGAGAGAGAGAUAGAGAGAGAAUAAUGACAGGGAGAGAGAGAGAGAGAUAGAGAGAGAAUAAUGACAGGGAGAGAGAGAGAGAGAGAGAAUAAUGACCAGGGAGAGAUAGA